AUGAAGGUGGGUAAAUCCUCGGGGCUUGACGAGAUGUAUCCCAGGUUGCUGUGCAAGACAACAGAGAAGAGUGUUGGGGCACUGCCAGAGACAAUUAAGCGUUCACUGGUUAGUGCGAACUUGGUGGCGAUUGUGAUCCUAUCCCGGGGAAAGUGCGGUCUCUCCAAAUGUGUCACUCAUUAUCUGGUGGGAAUGGCAGCGGCCGAUCUCCUGGUCGUUAUCCCGGAUCCGCUGCUGAAGUGGACUGCUGAGAUUUAUUUUCCCCGAUCAUUCUUGUUCAUCACUCCCGUGUGCAGACUCCGUCAAUGGUUGAUAUUUGCGAGCACUGCGACCUCCGUCUGGCUGACUGUCGCUUUCACCGCCGAUCGAUUUGUAGCGAUUUGCUGUCAGAAGCUGAAAACAAAAUAUUGCACCGAGAGAACGGCGGCUGUGAUUAUGGGGACAGUGAGUGCGCUGGCCUGUUUGGAGACUGUCCCCUGGUACUUUGCAUAUGAGCGUAGAGAAAUAAUUGAUGGUGUUCCUUGGUUUUGUGUUCUCUCAUCGAGCUACAAAAUCUCUCUAUCAUGGGCGGCAUUUCAGAUGUUUCACCGUAUUUUAACCCCCUGUGUCGCUUUCUUUCUGAUUUUGCUGUUCAAUAUUCAGACUGUCAGGAGGAUUCUGGCAGCCAGUCGAGCCCGCAGGGGGCUCCGGGGACAAAAGAGUGGAGAGAAUGACAAGGACCGGGAGAUGGAGAACCGACAUAAAUCCAUCGUUUUGCUUUUCAGCAUAACCGCUAGUUUCAUAUUGUUGUGGGUAACACAGGUGGUAUUUUAUAUCUACCAACGGAUUUCAAAGAGUUUUGUUUAUUCUGUCACGGAUCCCCGUUACAUCACAGCAGAGACAGCGGGAAUGCUGCAAGUUCUGAGUUCCUGCACCAACACGUGUAUUUACGCCCUGACUCAGAGCAAAUUCCGAGAGGAACUCAAGAAUGCGUUGAAAUAUCCAUUGAAUCGGAUUUUGAAACUUAUGAAACUUCAGAAAUAA